CCUCAUCUUGUAACACUACGUGCUCCGGUAUCCGAAUCAUUAUCAAGACUACAUAGAGAACAACUUCAGAAAUUUGCACAGUAUUUGAUAAGCGAAUUACCUCAACAAAUUUUGCCAACUGCUCAACGACUGUUAGAUGAACUUUUAGGAUCUCAACCAUCAGCAAUAAAUUCAGUAUGCGGGGCACCCGAUCCCACAGCGGGUGCUUCCGCCAACGAUCAGACCUCAUGGUAUUUGGAUGAAAAAGCGCUUCACGAUAACAUAAAGAAAAUAUUAAUAAAAUUUUGUGUACCGGCUCCUAUCGUGUUUAGCGACGUUAACUAUUUAAGCACAACUGCUCCACCCGCUGCAGCAGAAUGGACUUCAUUACUCCGUCCAUUAAGGGGAAGAGAGCCGGAAGGGAUGUGGAACUUACUUAGUAUAGUUAGGGAAAUGUUUAAGAGAAAUGAUCGCAAUGCAAUUCCAUUAUUAGAAAUUAUCACUGAGGAAUGUUUAGCUUGCGAACAAAUACUGGUUUGGUGGUUUAAUACUAAAGUCGCUUUAUUAAACGGUGGAUCAGGGCAUGGAGGUAGCGGCGGUGGAAAGCACAAUAAUGUGAAUAGCAAUAGUCAUGCUUCUCAGCAUGCUUGUUCUUCAUUGUGUGACGAAAUUGUUAUACUUUGGAGAUUGGCAGCAUUAAAUCCAGGUUUAGCGCCGCAAGAAAGAGAUAUGCUUCAUAAUCAAUUUUCAACGUGGCAUAUGAAAAUAAUGGAGAAGGUUAGCAAAAGUAGAUCAAAUUCAAAUCAGUCAAAUUCUAACAAAAAUGGUGGAUUCAGAAUGGAUCUGGAGGUGUUUACUGGAUUUAAACCUGCAAUUGAAGCUUGUUAUUUGGAUUGGGAUGAUUAUCCAAUGCCCGGAAUUACAUAUACACAAGACACAAAUCCGAUGUAUCAUUGUCCAUUUACGUGCUUUCGGCAUUCAGGAGAAAAUCGCCUAGAGAGCGUCACACAAGUUAACUCUAGUCAAGCUGUACUAAAUAAUGAACACCCACACACCAGUUCUCAUCAUAUACACAGCCAUCACCACCACCACCAUCACCACCAUCACCAUGGUGUGCGCUCAAGAAUGACUAGGUUCGAUUUUGCCGACGUUAUAAGUUUAAAUCCUGUUGAAUUCUCUUCCCAUCCGUCAUUAGAACGAUCUAGAGAUGGUACACGUUCUAGUAUUAGUAGUGAGGGUUUUUGCGAAAAUGAAGAUGAUGUAACAGUACUAAAGGGAGGUAGUGUGUUGCUUGGAGCAAGUUAUAAGUCUAUAGAUUCUGAUUCUCAAGAGGGCGGUGGCAGUGAUUCCGCCAGCAGUACUAGUAUUGAAUUAAAUUCUCAUAUUCAACAGUCAUCAAGCAGCGAUGAUUGUAACCUUAUGAAAAACACAGUAGCACAUGAACAUUUGAAGUUUGAUAUUGUUAAAAAAUCAGAAUUAGAGUGGACAUUAACAGGUGAUGUUCCAUCUUCAUCACGCAGACAUUCCAAAGAUGAAUCUUCCUCGUCAGAAUCUCCACAAUCAGGGGACGAAUAUAAUCUUUAUUUUUAUAACGCGAAAGAUAAUGGGGGUAGUGGGAAUGAUUCUCUUAAGGAUAUAAAAUUAACAGAAGAUGGUGAUGGUAAAUCGCAGCCACUAUUUGCGAAUAUCAAGCCCGCCGAUGAUCCGUGGGAUGUGUUAUUUGCACGAGCCGAGGGAUUACAUGCACAUGGUCACAGUAGAGAAGCUUGUACCCUUGGAGUUAAAUUAGCCGAGGAACUCUUAGCCAAUCCUCCAAACUUAAUGAUAGAAAUUCCUCCUCUGCCAAAGCGAAAAGGAAAGAAACAACAAGUUAACCCCGCUUCUCAUCAACUUAGCUGUUUGGCCUCUGCCACAUUGGCUAAAUGUGCGUUUCUUUGUAGCGUCUUAGCAGAAAAUUUGGAGCAUUUUCAUUUGGCGUUUCGGGUGGGCAUGUUCGGUUUAGAAAUGGCCAGACCACCUGCCAGUACUAAGCCCUUGGAAGUUAAGUUGGCAAAUCAAGAGUCUGAUUUAGUUAACUUGUUGAAACGUAUACCUUUGAGUCAAAAGGAAUUGAAAAUUAUUCGAGAGAAAGCGCAACAAUUUAAGGAAGGUACUUUAAAAUCCAGAGGCGAAGCUUUAUUACCGAUAAUGCUCGCAAGUUUCGUUUUUGACGCUCUAGCGAUGCCCACAGUUUUGGGACGCGAUAGAGGGAAAGUGCUAAGUAUUCGCUUGAUAUCUGAUGAGCCGCUCGGAUUUGAAGCCGCAGUUGCCGCUUUGGGUAUGAAGGCGAAUGUUUCUGAGGCAGAUCACCCUCUUUUGUGCGAAGGAACGAGACGACAAAGAGGCGAUCUUGCCAUUAGCUUGUUAGUGCAUUACAAGGAUGAUAAUUGGAGAAUGUCACGUAUUAUGGACAGAUUAUUGGAUAAAGAUAUACAUCAGCUGUUGAAGUCGCCCAUUGUCAGUUCAUAUUACUCCAAUAACCCUCCCAUCAGAAGUCAGUAUUCAAAUCUUAAACGUGAAGAAUGUGAAAAGGUUAUGUCACCAUUGGGUUCUUACGUUCCACCAACUGAUGUUUUGCCAGCAGAAAUAAGUACCGGCAGUCGCCCACAUAGUUCAACAAGUGCGGAAAUUGAAACGUGUAUGUCAAAUAUAAACUUGAAUGCAACUCCAGGAGCCAAUCAAAAUCCUGCACUGCAAGUAACAAGAACUAAAGAAUCACGUUACAAAAAAAGAGCUUACCCGUCUAUUCCAAACCAGCCAUCCGAGGCCGGCGCGCAUUUCAUGUUUGAGUUAGCCAAAACUGUCCUUAUUAAAGCAGGAGGUAACAGCAGUACAUCGUUGUUUACUCAACCGUCGACAAGUCAAAAUCAUCAUGGUCCUCAUCGCGCUUUACAUAUGUGCGCAUUUCAGUUGGGUUUGUACGCCUUGGGUUUACAUAAUUGUGUUAGUCCAAAUUGGUUGAGUAGAACUUAUUCCUCACAUGUAUCAUGGAUUACAGGACAAGCCAUGGAAAUUGGAGCAGCUGCAAUUUCAUUUUUAAUAGAAACAUGGGAAGGUCAUUUAACACCACCCGAAGCAGUUAGCAUUGCUGAUAGAGCAUCAAGAGGAUGUGACCCUAACAUGGUUCGCUCUGCAGCCGAAUUGGCCCUUUCUUGUCUACCUCAUUCACACGCUUUGAAUCCAAACGAAAUCCAACGAGCAAUACUGCAAUGCAAAGAACAAAGUGAGAUAAUGCUAGAACAUGCAUGCCUUACGGUCGAGUCGGCAGCGAAAGGAGGAGGUGUCUAUCCUGAAGUACUGUUCCAAGUUGCAAAAUACUGGUACGAAUUAUAUGUUAGGCACACUCCUGGUGGAGAGCUACUGCUUAUGGAAAAUGAGAUACCACACGAUGCACUUAUCGAUCCUCUAGUAGCUCUUGUUGAUCCUAAUGCUGGUGUGGAAAUACAACCUCAAGUAGGAACUGGAAUGCCACAACAAAAUGGUGCUGCAGUCAUUACUAACUCGGGCCCAGUUGUUGUAACUACCGCACCUCCUCCACCAUAUCAACAUCCAACAGUUACAACGUUAGCUCCUUUGGGAAUGUCGGUCCCAUAUGCAGUAGCCCCUUAUAGUUUUACUGUGCAAGGUUUGCAUCCUCAUCCACAUGUCAGUUAUGGGGGCCCUCUACACCCUCAUGCUGUUCAGUUACAUCAACAACCACCACCUCAUAUGCAAAUGUAUCUAUCGCCUCCUCAAUUUCAAUAUCCACCACACACAAAUAAUCAGCAAUUUAGCAAUGGACAGCAAUCAACUUAUUCUAGCCUACCUCCUGUACAACAAGGAGCUUAUGCGGUGCCAUCUAGUGCACCUUCACAAUAUCAACUACCUGCACCAGUUCAAGCAACUUAUGCUCCAAGUCAAGGUCCAUCGUAUACAAACAUGUCUUCUAAUUCAGGAACUCCUAUGCAAUCUAACAUACAAUAUUAUGGCACAGCUGUUACAAUCUCCCAGCCAUCAAAUUUGCGACCCACUUCAGUUCCUGCAGGGCACAUGUAUCCUUUGGCAAUUGCCACAAAUGCACCCGGUCCUGUACCACCACAACAAAUCGCGAGACCUCCCCCACAUCGGCAGCCACAACAAUUCAGUCAAGCUCAACUUCGGUAUUUGCUAGCGGCUUACAGAGUGGGCAUGUUAGCAAUGGACACUCUUGCAAGAAGAGUUCACGACGAUCGUCCCCAAGCAAAAUAUGCUCGUAAUCCACCUUAUGGGGAAGAUGUUAAGUGGUUAUUACGGAUCUCUAAGCAUUUAGGUACACAAUACCUACACCAAUUCUGCAUAUGUGCUGUUAAUUCUAUUGUGAGCCCAUUUGUCUUGCACGAUGUCGCAAUCGAGUCUGCCCAAUAUUUGUCUAGAAACAAUCCAGCUUUGGUUAUGCAACAUCUGCGAACUGCGCUAACGCCGUUAGUACAGAAAUGCCAGCAGAUGUAUAUACAGUGCAUGCACCAAAAAUUGUAUCACUUGACACCCGCAGACUAUGAAGAAUUUGUGAGUAUCGUCUGCGUUGCCAGAGCUGCGUUUCAAAUAACGCCAGAGGGCACAGCGCAAUUUAAGGAAUGGUUGCAGUCUAUCAGAAGGUCAAAAUCGUGCAAAAAAGAUUUGUGGUCCCAAAUAAACACAGCUCUACAAGCCAACAGUAAAUGACAAAGGUCAGUCCUAGGAUCCCAGUAUAGUGCUAGCUUUCACAGAGUUUCCCAGGAACAAGCGGAAGAAUCAGAUGUAUCAUCUGAGAGUUAUUCAAAUUCCGUAUCAAACAUGUGCUCCUAUCCAAUAUAUAUUAAUGCAGGUCUUCCGGCUACAGUGGCUGUUGUAAAUCCUGAUCAAUUAGAUAGAAAUUUAAGUUACGCUGGUCAAUUUUCUGUUGUCCAAGAUCGUAAUUUCGAGGUGCGAGUGACUGCUAGCAUCAAUGUGGAUGCCAGGAUCUAUUCCCACAUCAACGAACAACAACAUUAUAAACAUAAUAGUUGAGUGAAAGUAGUUGCGUGUCUUUGAACUUAAUUUUUGAUUUUUGGGACUUUUGAUCUAUAGCUCAUGCAUUUCAUGAUGGCAAGCUCAGGUUUCAAUCAUAUGCCUUCAUUAUACUCAAAAUAUUUUUAGCGAAGUAUUGAAUUUUACCCACGGUCUGUUCUUCUAUCUGUCUCUAAUUUGGUUAUCAUUUGAGUGUGUGGGUAUUUGCUGUUAUGUACAAACAUCACAUUCAAAAUUUACCUUAUAAGCAAUGAGUUUCGGAUGUGUGUUUUGCGAUUCAUUUAAUUAAAUUAUAAAUUCAUCUUAUUCUGAGAACACUUCAAUUAUAGUUGACACAAAUGUAACCAUUUAUAAAAUAUAAAUCAUAAAUAGUGAUACAUGAAAAACUCAGUGAGCAGUUUCCAAACUGAUGUAUCGUUAUUACCGGACGUAUCACACUUAAUCAGAUGUUGCUUGAAUCGUGUUAUUUUUAUAUAAAUAUUGUAAGUCGUACUAGCAGCUGAGAAGUGUUUCGUUGAUUUAAUUCUGGUGAUGUAGAAGAAAUGCGCCACAUCAGUUUUGAACGCAAAGGGUUUCGUCCAAUUUAAAUAUUACUAUGUCACUUGAAGUACUUCUGAAAUAGUUUAUGUGUCGAUUUAUAAAUAAUAUAUAUGUAUAUUUUUGCUGGAGAUAGGCUUAGCCUUGAAAGUAUGGUACAAAUUUUUGGAAAGUCACAUGCAUGAACAAGUAAUUUGUACUUCAAGUAAUAUAUAUAUUAUAUAUGAGCUGCACUUAUAUUGCUCACGAUCUGUUAACAAAUUUUUAACUGAUAGGUAACUUUUUAUAUAUAUAUGUAUAGGUGGUUAUAAAAUUUGAAAACAGUUGAGUCUAUGAUAACUACAGCUUCUUCAUUUAUCAUUAUAAUAUUUGUAAUUGUUUGACUGUGUUCUGCACAUGUAUUGUGUACAGUAUAAUUCUUAUUAGUGCAUGUGUUUAAAGCUAUUUAGUGUAAGUGUACAUUAUGGCCCAAUCCCAAUAAUGAUCUCAACCAGUGUAAUAGUAUUGCAUUUUAAAGUGAUUCAGAUUACAAAAAUUGUGCUUGGUUUCAACAACGUUUCUGGAAAUAGACCAAAUAAAUAGUAAUUGGAGUUUUGAAAUUAAUCUGUGCCUUGAAUUUUAUAAAAAUUAGCAAAAAUAAAUAUCUCUGAUAGCAAAUAUUUAAGGAAUUAAAAUUCACAUUUAUUUGUAACCGAGCACGAUUUUUGACUAUGCAGGUGAAUUCUCAUUUUGAUGAUUCUGAUGGUCUCGUUAUAUAUAUAUAGUUAAUUUUUUAUCGAUUCAAUUGGUUAUUAAAUAUGGAAAUAUAUGUAUAUUAAAUAAUUUCAUAUACACUAAUGUGUAAUUAACAGUACUUUAUUAGUAUAAUUUAAUACGUUUGACGUAAUUUAAUUUGUAAAAUUUAUUUCAGUAGUUUUAAAAACAUGAAAUAUGAAUUGUGUUAAUUUGUUUUGUAAUAUCAAUAAUGAUCAUUACAACAUAUUUGGCAUUUUAAGUUGUUAAAUUUUGCGUUGUGCGUAAUACUAAAAUAAAUUUCUAAUUUUAAUUAAUAAUUAUAAAAGAUUAAAUAUAUUAUAAAAUUUUUAGGUACGUAAUUAGUAUUAGUUAUAAUUUUUCAGGAAUGCGAAAUAACGACAAUGAUUUACAAUUCCAAAGUUGCACAAUGUAUGCACUGCACGAAUUAAAUUAUAUUUGAUGUAUGUGUUACGACCAAAGUAAUUAAUAGGGCUAUUAUUCAUAAUGACCGGUCAAUGUGAUAAAUUUGGGGUGCAUUUCCUUUUAAAACUUAGGGGAAACAUUUAUGAAACUGAGAAGAUAUUUAAAAAAUCAUUCAACAUGUCACAAUUAUUCACAUUGACCAGUCAUUAUGAACAACCGCCGCAUUAAUAAAUUUGACGGUAGCAUAUGCAUAACAUAAAUGAGAAGUAGGAUUAUAUUUAUUUUUAAUAAAUCUGCUAAUAAUUAAAAAAAUGUGUUUCGUAAAAUUACUGCUAGGUUGAACAUCUGUGCAACUUUGAACCUAAAUUAAAUUAACCAAUAUUUUAUGCCAUGUAUGUUGCAGUACAAUGUAAACUAUCGGAAUCUGUACAUCAUAUUUCCACUAGUUUUAAUGAAACGAGAGAAUAAGGGCUGAUUUGUAAAAUGUAUAGAAAAUGAACAUUACAGUUAGCUGUCAAUCAUUAAAUAUUGAUGUCAAA